AAAAAAUACGAUCGUGCCACGCAUGUACAAUUGGAAGCAUAUAUAUCGUUUUGCCAGGCUCAUCCUGAAUUUUGCGCAGUUAAAAACACUUCAAAGUCUCAAAUGCCAGAUUUGUGGAAGCAGCUGGCAGAUGAAUUAAAUGCACGCAGAGGCCCAACUCGUCCAGUGGCUAAAUGGAAAGAGACGUUGGGUGUGUGGAAGAGCCAACUGCGUAAGCGAGGAAGGCUCUCGAAAAUGAAUCAGAAGCUUACUGAAGGUUGGCCGAGUGGCAAGCCGUUGAGCGAUUUCGAGGAGAAGGCUUUAAACAUAUUGGGUAUGGGAGCAGUUGAUAGUGUGAAAACGAUUGAUAACCUUGGGCAAAUGAUGUCCCAAGAACAAGCUGUACAAUCGUUACCACAUGACUGUCCAAUAUCACCUUCUGAUUGUACAUUGCCGAGUUCUCAGCCAUCGUGCAGCUCUGUACCAUCGCCAAGCUAUGUAUCAUCGCCAAGCCAUGUUUCAUCGCUUGUUACCGCGGAAAAUCAAAAUGAUACGAAUUCAGCUGCUAGCAUUUCACGGUUAUCACAAGAUGAGCGCAAUAAGAUGAUUAAUGCUCUUAUUGCUAGCAUAGAGAUGAGGAAUGCUGCUGACGAAGAAAGGCAACAACGUGAAGAGCAACAGCGUCAGGAGCACCGUGAAGUGAUGCAGGCCAUACAAGGACUGACCGACAUUGUGACUGAACUCGUCAAUGUUUUAAAGAAAAACUCAAAUAAUUAGUG